ACACACAUGGACGCAGGCUCGCGCACGCCUCCUGUCAUUCUGUAAUCGCAGACACUCGCAGACGCUCGGGAUCUGUGCUCCUCUAUGUGAAGUUUGCACACACGACCGGAGAGAAGACAGAAUAAAACCCUCCUUUUUCAUCUCUAUCGGGCGAUUAACAUCAGUCUGCUGAGCAGGCUCGGAGAAAAGAGGUCACUUUUACAGUUUUUCAGCUUCACACCACACAGGCCUGAGCUGUAGGACAUUAUGACAGAAGUAAUGAACACCUGUGAAGCGGCUGUGGGGGACUACAGUGCAUCUGGAGACCAGAAGAUCGGCUUUCAGAUUUUCCCAGAAUCGCACGAGCGAUACCCCAAGCUAUCCAAGCGCUUGCCAUCCAUCGUGGUGGAGCCCUCUGAGACUGGAGAUGUGGAGAGCGGAGAGUUGCGAUGGCCUCCUGAUGACUUGAGCCCUACAGAUGAAACCAGAGAUCCUCCAGCACAGAAAGCAGGUGAGGAACCGACAGCAGAGGUGGAGGAAGCUGGUAGAGUCGCAGCGAACUGAUGAACACUGAGUGGCACCAAUCCAACCUAUAACUAUGAAUGUCUUAAUGAUGGACAAGAAUGAGCAGGAGGCUCCUACAGUUAGGUCUGACUACAGUAUCACCCGCAAUAGAGCCACUCACCUGUUGAUAGACCAAUCCAGUAGGGGGAGCUGAGGCUUGAGAGACUUUUCUGAAAUAACUUGCGUGCCAAACUCUAGUGCUAGCCAGCUACAGUGAUUGAAUUAUACCUUCUUCUUUCCCAUAGCAUUAUAAUUAAUCUCUAAAUCUGUACCUGUUUUUAAGUGAUUUGGACCAAAGUUAAAUAUUAAAUAGAAAUAUUUGACGUUCUCGAUCUACCACACACCUGCUUAUCAUUUCAAGCAAUGUACACGCUUAGUUUUUCUGCAGUAGGAGUUCUUAACAAAUAUAAAGGACUUUCAAAAUGUAAAGUAGAUUAUAUUUUAUAGUGUGUUCACAUAUAUUCAGUUCAAUUUACAGCAGCUUCUAAUUAAAAAAAUGCUCCAGAAAGCAGCUGCCUGAGUAACUGUAUCUUCACUUGGCUGUAUUUUAAUCAGAAAGGAAACUUGGCAGAAAUCCGGGCUGAGAACGUCAUUUGAUAUUAUAAUACAUCAUUAGUGUUCUCUGUAUAAUUGCUAGCUGGCUAACUAAGCUAGUUCUAAGUUAGUCAUAUAACGUAGCUCCAUAAACUGAGGCUGCAUCAUGCUAGCUAGUUCAAUUUCUGAAAAUUCAACUUUUCAAAUGCUCUGAGCACAAAUGACUGUUAUAUCUGUUUAAGCAAAAAUGUAAUAAAUGUUAACUAUCUAUGAAACAACAA